CUUCCGCUAGUUUCAGUUUUUCAAAUAUGCGACAUCGGUGAAAAAUAAAGAAAGAACAAAAGAUUUUCAAAUUGAUCGCUACAGUCACUGGGGUUUUUAGUUCCUCUGUUACUCUGCAAGAACCUUUAACAAUGGAAAUCCUCCAAAUCGAACCCCGAGCUCUUGCAUCCCCAAGCUCUCAAGUUCCAUUAAUGCGUUUCCCGACCGUUAAGCGCGUCUUCUGCACUGCAUUAUCGCCUGCCGUGAUUCCGCCGUCGCCUUUUCCACUGAGCAGCAGAGGCUACUCUUCUUCUAGAGUUGUUGUACCUGCCAAGGCUGUCGUUGCCGCAGCUGAAGUUGCGCGGCUCAAGGAGAACUGGCUUGAUUCCCUCACUUACCCUUUGCCUCUGUUAACUGAGGACGACGAACCGUCAACCUCUCCUGGCGGCGCGGACUCGUCGGCCGGUCCGGGUUCGAAUUGGGUCGUGGGUAUUGACCCGGACCUCUCCGGUGCUAUUGCCCUGUUGAAAACUGAGGACUCUGUAUGCUCCGCCCAGGUAUUUGAUUCUCCUAGCUUGAAAGUGGUGGUUGGCAAAAGAAUCCGAAAGCGUUUAGAUGUUAAAUCCAUUGUUCAGUUGCUUCGUAGUUUUGAUGCACCAGUUGGAACUACUGCAUACAUAGAGCAAUCAAUUCCAUAUCCACAAGAUGGGAAACAGGGCUGGUGGAGUGGUGGGUUUGGUUAUGGAUUGUGGAUUGGAGUAUUAGUUGCCUCUGGCUACUCGGUAGUUCCAGUACCAUCUCUUGCAUGGAAGAAUGAAUUCAAACUUACUGGGGAGACUGCAACAAAGGAUGAGAGUCGUAGGAGAGCAUCAAUGUUAUUUCCGUCAUUGAGUUCCUCGCUUGCGAGGAAAAAAGAUCAUGGGAGAGCAGAGGCUUUGCUCAUUGCUGCAUAUGGUAAAGGGCUGAAGAUGAACUCAACAGCUACAUCCAGUAUGGAUGAAUCGCUAUAGAUAGAAAGUUGGAUUGUAUCCUCAUGAGCUGCACAACAGAUGGACUCACACUUGCUGCUUGGUUACGAUACUGUGUUUCGAAAGACAUAGAGGAAGUUGGCAAGCACCUAUGAAGAACUGAAACAGCGAUAGCUUUUACAUCAUCUCUAAGGGGUGCUUCAAGAAUGGUAGGAAAGAGUUUGGCAUCUCCCACUUGAUUCAUUGUUCUAACUGCCCUCCAUCUCGUGGCCACUGCGGACAACAAUUACUACUUACUAGCCUUUUAUAGUUGUAAUUGCUGAAAUGGUGGUGAAUGAUUUGGAAUAUACCCUUGGGCAGAUUUGAUUACGAGUCCACUGUCCAAUUUCCUUGAUUUCUCGAAC